GGGGCAGAAACUGCUGAUCCGUCUUCAGACAGAAAAGCGGUAGAUUUGAAUUCGCACUGGUGGCCACACAGUGACUGUGUCAGCGCAGAGGAUCCGGGCAGUGAAGGGGAAACAGCUCAGACUCUCUACACAUCAUGGAGUUCCUGAAAGUAGCUUCAGUCCUCCACUGUUUGGCACUGCAUGAAGCAGCGAGAUCUGCCUCUCUGAACAUUGUCAAAAACGUCGCGGUCAAAGGAGAUGUCCUGUUUCCUGUCCGCCAUCGCAGCCGCGACGAGAAAUAUGAAGUUACUUUGAGAAAGAAAUGGCCCGUCGCUCUUAAAAUUCUGGGAUGGAAUUCAGAGCUGAUGGUCAGGCCCCUCACUGUGCACCCCUACUACACAGCCAGGGUUCAUCUCAUCAAGGCUGGCAUCGUCCAGUUUCGGGACGUGUUUCUCAAUGACAGUGGGGUGUAUGAGCUCACCACAGACUACCUGGGGCCAGUGCUGAGAAACAAUAACCGCGAUGUGUUUGAAGUGCGAGUGUUCGAACCUGUUUCUCAGCCGAUAAUCAGGGUCAGUGACGCCUUCACCAAUGUCACUCUGAACUGCUCAGUCUCCAAAGGAACAGGUAUCGCUUUUUACUGGAAAAAAACAACAUAUUUGGAGUCUGAAAACUUCACGUCCAGUGGGUCUGUGCUGGUGGUAAAGUCAGGCUGUGAGGAGCAGGCGUUUGAGUACAGCUGUGUAGCCGAGAACCCAAUCAGUCAGCAAACCAGUGUCCCAGUGACAAUAAAGCUGUGCGCGGAGAGUCAAGACCGAGAUCGCAGACGAUGGAUUCUUCUCCUCAGUCUGAUCCCAGCGCUGCUGGUCGCCAGCGUCCUCUGUUACUCUCUCUGGUGGUGGAGGAGGAGGAAACCUUGCUUUAUGUGUCCUCAGAGUAACACAACAACAAACAUCAGGAAAUUACAUUACACAGCGCCUUUCAAGUAAGGAGAAUGUUCCAAGCCACUGGACUAUCUGGGAUCGACACCCAAGCUGCUGGUUGGGAUCAGGAAGGAUGAAGUUGGGGCAGGGUGAUCGAAGGCACAG